AUGAAAAGAAUGAUUCCAUAUAUAAAUAACACAGUUAAAGAAUUAAACGAAAGAAUUUCAGAAUAACGAUUAAGUUCUUUAGCAGCAGAUUUAAAAGAUAUAGUGAUAUUCGUAAAGGAGUAAGAAAAUAAGUAGAUGAAUUAAAGAUUCAUGCUAAAAAAUAGAAUGAUUAUUAAAGAGCAUUAAAUAUUUGAAUAUACGCCAUUUGAGAAAUUAGAAACAUUUAAUAAUGAAUUCACUUUAUUAGAAAGGUUUGUGGUGUUGAAGAAAUGA